UUACGCACCGAAUGGUAUCUGGGGUUGAGUUGCGUUGUGGAAUCGAUCUAUAUUCUCUUCUUCCUUCUAUUCCUUCCUCUCCAGUUUCACCCACCUACCUACUACUUCUCCAACAACAACAGUUCCCUACCUCUCUUCUCUGAUCGAUCAAGCAUCAGGGAGCUCGGAAUCUUGUGCGUGUGUGUAACAAUCAGAGCUAUAGAAAAAUGUUUUUCGAUGGGUAUGGAUACCAUGGAACAUCAUUUGAGCAGACAUAUCGAUGUUACCCUGCUUCUUUUAUUGAAAAGCCCCAACUUGAAAGUGGUGACAAAAUUAUAAUGCCUCCAUCAGCCCUUGACCGUCUAGCAUCUCUGCAUAUUGAUUAUCCAAUGUUGUUUGAGCUCCGGAAUGAUGAUGCUGAGCGGGUUUCUCACUGUGGGGUCCUGGAGUUCAUUGCAGAGGAAGGCAUGAUAUACAUGCCAUACUGGAUGAUGGAGAACAUGCUUUUACAAGAGGGGGACAUUGUAAGAGUGAAAAAUGUUACACUUCCCAAGGGAAAAUACGUUAAGUUACAGCCCCACACCAAAGAUUUCUUAGAUAUUUCCAAUCCAAAGGCUAUCUUAGAAACCACAUUGAGGAAUUUUUCCUGCUUGACUACUGGUGAUAGCAUUAUGGUGGCUUACAACAACAAGAAAUAUUACAUAGAUAUUAUUGAAACUAAGCCUGCCAAUGCUAUAAGCAUCAUUGAGACUGACUGUGAGGUGGACUUUGCUCCUCCCUUGGAUUAUAAGGAGCCUGAGAAGCCGACUGCUCCACAUUCUGCGGGAAAGGCACCAGCGGCUGCUCAGGAGACCCCUGCUGAAACUGAACCCAAGUUCAACCCAUUUACUGGUGCUGGGAGACGCUUGGAUGGAAAACCUUUGAAGUAUGAGCCACCUCCAGUUUCCUCAUCAGGGACCAAGGACAAGAAACCUGAUGUUCCUAGUGUCAAUUCACAAUCAUCCACAGCUUCAAGUUCACAAAGUAGUGCUAAUCAAACUCAGGGCAAGCUUGUGUUUGGGUCAAAUCCAGCCCGCACCAAAGAUACAGGAAAGGCAAAAGAGGCAGCAAAACCAGAGCCACCAAAAGAGAAAGACGAACCCAAAUUUCAGCCUUUCAGUGGGAAGAAGUAUUCUUUAAGGGGUUGAUUAAUUUAUGAAUGUUUUUUUUAACUUAUUACCAAGUCUACUGCGAAACUUGUAUUUUUUAUUGUAGUAUAAGCAAAAGAUAGACCAGUAGACGCCACAGAAAAUAUCAAAAUACUUAAGUUAUCUUUGAAUUACAUGCGAAUGAAGUUUGUGACAAGGUUUGCAAUCUUGUCCACAAGGGAUCAGCUCUUAAUCGCCAA